AAUGCUCAUUUUAGUACAACAGCAGAGAUGGACGGCAAGGAAAGCUCCGUGACAAAUAUUUCGUCCUCGUGCAGUAACACAGAGAAAAACUCAAUAGUUUAUCCUUCUCAUUUAAUUUGAACGUGUUAAAAUAUGAAACAACCGUUGCCUUGAGCCAUUGCCAACGACCCAUCAUCCACUCCCACACACUCUGCUUUAGACCUUAACUGUUCUCUGCUUCGUUUUCUGCUCUUCAAGCCCAAUGAACCAAUCCACCAAACUUUCACUUUCUUCCAGCUUUACCCCCAAACCCCUAUUCAAAUUACAUGGCACUCUCACCUUUCCCUCGAAACCCACUAAACUUCUUACCUUCAAAACUCUCUCUUCCUCGCAACCUGAAUCAGAAUCUCCCUUUAAAAACCUAACUGUAAAUUCAAUUCUUCGUGCCAUCCCUGACUGGGCUGACCGCGUUAAAGAGCGUGGAAUGCAACGGAAGAGAUCAUUGUACAACCACGAAAAAUGGGUUUAUCACAGAAGCUCAUUGCGUCACAUUAGGCACUUACUUUCAAGCUUAUCUUCUCGCGUGAUACUUUCAUUAAUCCCACCAGUGAUUGCUUUUACUUUGGUGGCUGUGAUUAUUGCGAGUUACAAUUCUGCUGUGGAAAUGCAUUUGUUGCCCGGGUUCUUCCCCGUUUUAAGAGCUUCUUCGUUGCCGUAUCAACUGACGGCUCCCGCUUUGGCGCUGCUUUUGGUGUUUAGGACUGAGGCUUCGUAUUCGAGGUAUGAGGAAGGCAGAAAGGCUUGGACUAAGAUCGUUGCAGGAACUAUUGAUUUUGCUUGUAUGCUCAUUUCUGGGGUUGACGAUUCUGCUGAUGACUCUAUUAAGGAUAAGCUUUUGCGUUAUAUUAUGGCUUUCCCAGUUGCUCUUAAGUGUCAUGUGAUUUAUGGCUCAGAUAUUGGCAGAGAUCUCAAAACUUUGCUCGAUGGAGAUGAUUUGGGAGUAGUACUUAGUUCAAAGCAUCGGCCCCGCUGCAUUAUUGAAUUCAUUUCCCAAAGCCUGCGGUUGCUAAACUUAGAUGGAUCAAAGAGAACUAUGUUGGAGUCAAAGAUGUCUUGUUUUCAUGAAGGAAUCGGUAUAUGUGAACAGCUCAUCGGUAUUCCUAUCCCUCUCUCAUACACACGCUUGACAUCAAGGUUUCUAUUCCUCUGGCAUCUCACUCUUCCCAUCAUACUUUGGGAUGAUUGCCAUUGGAUAGUGGUUCCAGCUACUUUUAUCAGUGCUGCAUCUUUGUUCUGCAUAGAAGAAGUUGGGGUGCUUAUUGAGGAACCUUUUCCAAUGUUAGCCUUGGAUGAACUUUGCAAUCUUGUUCAGACCAACAUUGAGGAAGCAGUUAGAACUCAGAAAAUUAUUCAAGCACAGAUAAUUGCAAAGCGAAAGAGUCAUUCUUUUGAGCAUUCACAUAAUGGUCGGCCUACCUUGUGAAGUAGACAGGAAAUUCAAGCAACAUCUGCACAUGGGCUACAGAAUAAGCUGCCUAAAUACUUUAAUAUUGUCAGGAACUUGGAGCUACCCUCCUGCUGCAUCCAGAUGUAUUAUUACAGCUGAUGUCUGAACGUAAAUGUGCAUAUAAUAAAGUGAGGUGGCCAGGAAACCUAUUUUUGUUGUAUAUAAACUAAAUUCAUGACUUUAAUAAAGCCUAUCCGUAUGAAAGAAAAUAAUGGGAUUUUGACACUCUGCUUCUGGAUUGGCAUCUCA